AACAAUGUAUAUUUAUAUCAUAGGUUUUUAACAUUUUGUUGUUGGUAACAUCUGUAAGCGAGACUGCAGCUAAACUAAUUGACAUUGAAAGAGAACUGGAUAUUUUAUCUUUGUUCAAUCGGAGUUGUAAAAAAUGGCAACAAUUGUUUCAACAGCUACUGAUACUCGUACGAGUCCUGUAAUAUAUGAAACAAUGAAUGGACAAGUCUAUGAGGAAAGUAGUGAUGAAGAACCAGAAGUUCGAAUGCGGGUUGGUGAAAUGUACCAAGCAAGAGUCCCGAAAUGGGAAGAAGCUGAAGAAAAGGUGGAAGUUGGCACUCAUGAUGGCAUAAAAAUUUGGUCACCCUUUCAUGAUGUACCUGAUGAAAAAGUUGAAGCCUACUGCAAGAUUGCUAAAGAAAAACAUGGAUAUAAUGCAGAACAAGCACUUGGAUUAUUGUUUUGGCAUAAACAUGAUAUAGAAAAAUCACUCAAGGAUAUGUCCAAUUUCACACCAAUGCCAGAUGAUUGGUCAGAUGAAGAUAAAGUAUUAUUUGAACAAGCAUAUACUUUUCAUGGCAAGUCAUUUAGAAGAAUACAACAGUUGCUUCCAGAUAAAGAAAUCUGCCAACUGGUUAAGUUUUAUUACCUUUGGAAGAAAACAAGAACGAAAACAUCUCUCAUGGAUAGACAAGCUAGAAAAUUAAGCAAACAAUCAAAUGGGAGCGAUGAUUCAGAUGGAGAGAGCAACCAUUUAACAUAUAUGCAAAGCAAAUCACAGCAUGAUAUAAAGAUGCUACAAGGGAAAUCUGAGGAUGGAAAAGGAGAUAUUGAAAUAAAACACAAAUUACCUAAAGGAAUUAAUUUAGAAGAAAAAGGAUUAUCAGAAAUCUCGAGCUUUCCUGGUGGACCUGAAAAAUAUCUGAAAAAACUUGAAAACAGCAUAACCAUGCUGAAAAGUCAAAUUCAAGUCGACAAACAGCAUUGGAGUCUUCUCUGCCAAGAAUUAAAAGGAAUAUCACAGUUUGAAGAUUUUAUCACAACACCUAUAAAAGAAGACUCAGAGCUCUCACCUGUUUGGUAUCAGGAGUUACUUUUAGCUGUGCAAGGCGUUCGGCGUUACGGCAAAGAUUUUCAAGCAAUAUCUGAAGUACUAGAAUCAAAGACUGCCGCACAAGUAAAAACAUUUUUUGUAAGUCAACGGCGGAGAUAUAACUUAGAUCAAGUAUUACGGGAAUAUGAAGAAGCAGAAGCUGGAAACAAGGAUAAAAUUCAAGAAAAUGGAUUUGCUGAGGAUGUUACGCAGACCGACUCUGUAAUGGAUAUUUAAAAUCAAGAUGAAUGUAGUCAAGAUUCAAUACAAGAUGCAAUAAAUAGUCUGUAUGUGCGAAGUAGUUUUUUGUGCAAAGACUGCUGGAUGAACCAAUAGUACGACUUCGCUGAAUGCCAGAGUCGCUUUUUUUGUCUGCCUUAUACAAACCUAUUAAUAAAACACGAGACUGGUG